UUUUUAUUUGAUAGGAAUCCGGGGAAUGCAAUGACUGUAACACCUAAUAUUGGCAGGCAAGAUGGCGCUGACUUUGAGAAGUGGAUAUCUGGAGAUGCUGAGAACGUGUUGGAGAUUACAAGCACGUCAUGUGAAAAUUCCUGUUCUUAAUCAAAUGGGACUUCUGUAUCCUGCAAUAGCACGUCAUCAAAGUUCUCAGAGCAAAUUACCAUCAAGCAGUUAUGUACCACCGACGUCCUUAUCCAGACCACCGUGGCCAGAAGUGUCCUACAUCAGCAGUGACGAAGAGGAGAGGCAUCACAAAGUGGUUCUAGAAAAUGUGAACACCCUUCUUGCAAAGGAAGACUAUGGAAGGCUUUUUGCAGUUGUCCAUUUUGCAAGUCGACAGUGGAAAGUGACAAAUGAAGACCUGAUCCUCAUUGAAAACCACAUUGAUGCUGAAUGUGGUGACAGGAUUAGACUUGAGAAGGUGCUGCUGGUUGGUGGAGAAGAGUUCACGCUGAUUGGGAGGCCCCUACUCGGUCGUGAUUUGGUCAGAGUAGAGGCAACUGUCAUUGAGAAGACUGAAUCCUGGCCCAAAGUUUACAUGCGGUUCUGGAAAAGACACAGAUACCAGAAGAAAAGAAUUAUUGUGCAACCACAAACAGUGCUUCGGAUCAACACAAUUGAAGUUGCUCCCAGAUUGACAUGAUGCUAUAUGUUUUGAAUUGUAAAUAAACUUUUGGCCAAUGAAUGUGCCACUGAAAUUUGGAA